AUGGCGGCUUCUCGGGAGUCCUCUGGGGAGGAUCCACUGCGGAACUUUGUGCGAGUUUUGGAGAAGCGAGAUGGCACAGUGUUACGACUGCAGCAGUAUGGCUCCGGCGGCGUGGGUUGCGUUGUUUGGGACGCUGCCAUUGUCCUUUCUAAAUACCUGGAAACGCCCGGAUUUUCCGGCGAUGGGGCCCACGCGCUGAGCCGGCGGUCGGUGCUAGAGCUGGGCUCGGGCACCGGGGCUGUGGGGCUCAUGGCCGCUACCCUCGGGGCAGAUGUCAUAGUCACCGAUCUUGAGGAAUUGCAAGACCUGCUGAAGAUGAAUAUUAAUAUGAACAAGCAUCUUGUCACUGGUUCUGUUCAAGCCAAGGUACUGAAAUGGGGGGAAGAAUUAGAAGACUUUCCUUCUUCGCCAGACUAUAUACUGAUGGCUGACUGCAUAUACUACGAAGAGUCUUUGGAGCCAUUGUUGAAAACCCUAAAAGAUCUCAGUGGGUCUGAGACUUGUAUUAUAUGUUGUUAUGAACAGCGAACAAUGGGAAAAAAUCCAGAAAUCGAGAAAAAAUAUUUUGAGCUCCUUCAACUAGACUUUGACUUUGAAAAAAUUCCUUUGGAAAAACAUGAUGAAGAAUAUCGAAGUGAAGAUAUUCACAUUUUAUACAUCAGAAAGAAAAAAUCGAAAUUUCCAUCAUGA